AGUCUUACUGAACCACCAAAAUGGCGAAGAUCGCCAAAACACACGAAGACAUCGAGGCCCAGAUCCUGGAGAUCCAGGGGAUGAAAGCUGCCCUGGUGGAGGAGGGAGGAGAUCAGGGUGUGGGCCUGGACUCUACUGGAUACUACGACCAGGAGAUCUACGGUGGCAGCGAUAGCCGCUUCGCUGGAUAUGUCACCUCCAUCGCGGCCAAUGAACAGGAGGAUGAUGAUGAGGAGGACUCGUCAACGAGUCUACUGGGACAGAAGAAACCGGGAUAUCACGCUCCGGUGGCUAUACUCAAUGCAAUACCACAGUCAGAUGAACAGUACGACCCGUUCGCUGAACACCGGCCCGCUAAGAUUGCAGAGCGUGAAGACGAGUACAAGGCCAGACGUCGACAGAUGAUCAUCUCUCCGGAGCGUCUUGACCCCUUUGCAGACGCAGUACUGCUUUGCCAGUCCUGUACUGCAGUCUCUUAAGGGUGCAGCAACUCAUCCUGUGUAGGUUAUGGUGAACAGACAGAAGCGUGCGCUUGUCAGUUUUGUCAGGGUCCACUGGCUGGUUGUCUGUCUGGGUGGGGGAAAAGCAGCUAUACCCCAACAACCUUUUAUUUUGUCUUCUACCAAAGACUUAUUUUUCUAGAAUUAAAUUGAAACCUCUGCCAUUUUAUGGUGGUCUUUUGCUUUAGAUUUAUCUUGUAAUUCAUAAUAUAUAUAUAUAUAUAUUUUUUUUUACAAAAAAAAACAAUUUUUCUAAAAAGGAAGUCAAGAUCUACAUUUACGAAGUUGGAAUAGCAGUGGACUCCAAGGUCAAACUAGCGACUGUUCAGUAGCAUGUGGCCAGUUCCCCUGAAACUAAGGUAUUGAUCGUAUGGAUCUAAAAGUUGCCUCCACUGCCCCUCAGGUAUACGUGUUACUACAUAUAUAUAGAUAUACUCUCCCUGCCCUGGGUUACAUAAAGUAGCUACACAUUUAUCUCACAGAACAUUCCUAGAUUUGGUUAAAAAAAAUCUUGACUUCAUUUUCUUAAAAUGCUAUCAGUAAUUCGCACUCUGGGGGAUAUUUUAUUUAUUUAUUUUUACUUUGAAGUUUGAGCCCCAGGAGGAUUUUUCUUUUGUGACGUAAAUAAAAGAAAUCACAGGUGGUAUGCUUAUGUGUGUGAGUUCCAACCCUUUUCCAAAGUGUUACUAAUGGUAAAGAGACAUUUUCUAGGCUUCUUUUCUGCCGGUUGAAGUCUGACUGCAGAAGGACCCUUGGCACUGAAAGUGUACGUAUUCUGGAGAGCACAGCCCAGGACCCCUGCAUCAGUGAUGGCUUUAUCCUCUCCUGUUAUCUCCUUGAAAGAAAGACAAAACAACCUCCGCUGUUUCUCAAUGUAUCUGCCUGUUUUUUUUAGACAGCUAUGUUUGUAUGUAAGGCAAGCAAGAGAGGACUGUCUGUAUGUUUUGUAUCUAGGGUUGUCUUGUUGUGAUUCAGCUUAAGGAACUAAACCAGUAAAUGUUUCCUAAAGAAAAAGUGAGGGCCUAGCUGAGCUGGCUGUGUUGUUGUGCUUGCUGUGUGUGUUAUGAAGCCGGGUCCUGGGGGCGUUUUCUAAUCGGCUGCCCUGUGUCUUGUUGGUGCUCUUUCGCGCAGGGGGCAAAACGCCGGACCCUAAGCUGCAGUCCAGGUCGUACAUGGACGUCAUGAAGGAGCAGCACCUGACCAAAGAGGAGAAAGAGAUCCGUCAGCAGAUGGCAGAGAAGGCCAAAACAGGAGACCUGAAGGCUGUCAACGGCUCUGCUGCCUCCCAGGCUGCUGCUGCCGCCGCAAAGCGUAAACGCCGCUGGGACCAGACGGCCGAGAAACAGGACCAAUCAGGAACCCCCAGCAACGCCGGCACACCGAAGAAGAUGUCCAGCUGGGACCAGGCUGAUCAGGCUGCUGAGCAGACCCCAGGACACACCCCUGGCCACACCCCCUCCAACAGCCGCUGGGACGAGACCCCCGGAAGGAACAAGGGCAGUGAGACCCCAGGGGCCACCCCCAGCUCCCGAAUGUGGGACCCCACCCCUAGCCACACCCCGGCUGGAGCAGCCACGCCAGGCAGAGGGGACACACCGGGACACACCACCCCUGGACACGGGGGAGCCACAGGCAGCGUGCGCAAAAACCGAUGGGACGAAACCCCCAAGACGGAGAGGGAGACCCCUGGUCAUGGAAGUGGUUGGGCCGAGACUCCCCGUACAGACAGAGGAGACGAGUCAGUUGGAGAGACCCCCACCCCCGGGGCCAGUAAAAGGAAAUCCCGUUGGGAUGAGACCCCCGCCAGCCAGAUGGGCUCUUCCACCCCACUGAUGACCCCUGGGAAAACUCCUAUCGGAACCCCUGCCAUGAAUAUGGCCACUCCUUCUCCAGGUCACCUGAUGAGCAUGACCCCAGAGCAGCUGCAGGCCUGGCGUUGGGAGAGGGAGAUAGACGAGAGGAACCGACCUCUCACAGACGAUGAGCUGGAUGCCAUGUUCCCAGAAGGAUACAAGGUCCUUCCCCCACCAGCAGGCUAUGUGCCCAUCCGUACCCCGGCCCGGAAGCUGUCUGCCACCCCCACCCCCAUGGGGGGCAUGACGGGCUUCCAUAUGCAGCAGGAGGACCGCUCCAUGAAGCAGAUCAACGACCAGCCCAGUGGGAACCUGCCCUUCCUCAAACCAGAUGACAUUCAGUACUUUGACAAACUGCUUGUUGAGGUGGAUGAGUCCACUCUGAGCCCAGAGGAACAGAAGGAACGUAAGAUCAUGAAACUACUGCUGAAGAUCAAGAACGGAACACCUCCCAUGAGAAAGGCUGCCCUGCGUCAGAUCACAGACAAGGCGAGGGAGUUUGGAGCAGGGCCCCUGUUCAACCAGAUCCUGCCCCUGCUCAUGUCUCCUACUCUGGAGGACCAGGAGCGCCACCUGCUGGUCAAGGUCAUAGACCGCAUCCUCUACAAGCUGGAUGACCUGGUCCGCCCAUAUGUACACAAGAUCCUGGUGGUGAUUGAGCCCCUGCUGAUUGAUGAAGAUUACUACGCCAGAGUGGAGGGCAGAGAAAUCAUCUCUAAUUUGGCCAAGGCUGCCGGCCUGGCCACUAUGAUCUCCACUAUGAGACCUGAUAUUGACAACAUGGAUGAAUACGUCAGAAAUACAACAGCAAGAGCUUUUGCUGUCGUAGCGUCCGCUCUGGGUAUCCCCUCCCUCUUGCCCUUCCUCAAAGCUGUGUGUAAGAGCAAGAAGUCUUGGCAGGCCCGCCACACGGGCAUCAAGAUUGUCCAGCAGAUCGCCAUCCUCAUGGGCUGUGCCAUCCUGCCCCAUCUGAGGAGUCUGGUGGAGAUCAUCGAGCAUGGUCUGGUGGAUGAGCAGCAGAAGGUGCGGACCAUCAGUGCCCUGGCCAUCGCCGCCCUGGCGGAGGCUGCCACGCCCUACGGUAUCGAGUCCUUUGACUCCGUACUCAAACCCCUGUGGAAGGGUAUCCGACAGCACAGAGGAAAGGGUCUGGCUGCGUUCCUGAAGGCCAUUGGCUACCUGAUCCCUCUAAUGGAUGCUGAGUACGCUAACUACUACACCAGAGAGGUCAUGCUGAUCCUCAUCAGAGAGUUCCAGUCCCCUGACGAGGAGAUGAAGAAGAUCGUGCUCAAGGUGGUGAAACAGUGUUGUGGUACUGACGGUGUGGAGGCCAACUACAUCAAGACAGAGAUCCUGCCUCCCUUCUUCAAGCACUUCUGGCAGCACAGGAUGGCCCUGGACAGACGCAACUACAGACAGCUGGUGGACACCACAGUGGAGCUGGCCAAUAAGGUGGGAGCAGCAGAGAUCAUCUCUCGUAUUGUAGAUGACCUGAAGGACGAGGCAGAGCAGUACAGGAAGAUGGUGAUGGAGACCAUAGAGAAGAUCAUGGGGAACCUGGGAGCUGCUGACAUCGACCACAAGCUGGAGGAGCAGCUGAUCGACGGCAUCCUGUAUGCCUUCCAGGAACAGACCACUGAGGACUCUGUGAUGCUGAACGGGUUUGGCACAGUGGUGAAUGCCCUGGGGAAGAGGGUGAAGCCCUACCUGCCUCAGAUCUGUGGUACAGUGCUGUGGCGUCUCAACAACAAGUCUGCCAAGGUCCGCCAGCAGGCUGCUGACCUCAUCUCUCGCACCGCCGUAGUCAUGAAGACCUGCCAGGAGGAGAAGCUGAUGGGUCACCUGGGAGUGGUGUUAUAUGAGUAUCUAGGAGAAGAGUAUCCUGAAGUACUGGGAAGUAUCCUUGGUGCUCUCAAGGCCAUCGUCAAUGUCAUCGGUAUGCACAAGAUGACUCCACCAAUCAAAGACCUGCUACCGCGGUUGACGCCAAUCCUGAAGAACAGACAUGAGAAGGUGCAGGAGAACUGUAUUGACCUGGUGGGCAGGAUUGCUGACAGGGGUGCUGAGUACGUGUCGGCCAGGGAGUGGAUGCGCAUCUGCUUUGAACUGCUGGAGCUCCUCAAGGCCCACAAGAAGGCCAUCCGCAGAGCCACCGUCAACACCUUCGGAUACAUCGCCAAGGCUAUCGGACCCCAUGAUGUGCUGGCCACACUACUCAACAACCUGAAGGUUCAGGAGCGUCAGAACCGAGUGUGUACCACCGUAGCCAUCGCCAUCGUGGCUGAGACCUGUUCUCCUUUCACCGUGCUCCCCGCCCUCAUGAACGAGUACCGUGUGCCUGAGCUCAACGUGCAGAACGGCGUGCUCAAGUCCCUAUCCUUCCUGUUUGAGUACAUCGGGGAGAUGGGCAAGGACUACAUCUAUGCUGUCACGCCCCUGCUGGAGGACGCACUGAUGGACAGAGACCUGGUCCACAGACAGACUGCCAGUGCCGUGGUGCAGCACAUGUCCCUGGGCGUCUACGGCUUCGGCUGUGAGGACUCCCUUAACCACUUGUUGAACUACGUGUGGCCCAACGUGUUUGAGACGUCGCCCCAUGUAAUCCAGGCUGUCAUGGGGGCCCUGGAGGGCCUCAGGGUGGCUAUCGGCCCCUGCCGCAUGCUGCAGUAUUGCCUGCAGGGUCUCUUCCACCCAGCCAGGAAGGUCCGAGACGUCUACUGGAAGAUCUAUAACUCGAUCUACAUCGGUUCCCAGGAUGCUCUGAUCGCUCACUACCCCCACGUCUACAACGAUGAGAAGAACCCUUACCUCCGCUAUGAGCUGGAGUACUUCCUGUGAUUCUGUUCACGCUCUCUCUUUCUCUGUUCACGCGCUCUCUCUUUCUCUGUUCACGCUCUCUGUUUCUCUGUUCACGCUCGCUCUCUUUCUCUGUUCACGCUCUCUGUUUCUCUGUUCACGCUCUCUCUUUCUCUCUCUGUUCACGCUCUCUCACUUUCUCUCUCUGUUCACGCUCACUCUCUUUCUCUGUUCACGCUCUGUUUCUCUGUUCAUGCUCUCUUUCUCUCUCUGUUCACGCGCUCUCUUUCUCUCUCUGUUCGCGCUCUCUUUCUCUCUCUGUUCGCGCUCUCUUUCUCUCUCUGUUCACGCUCUCUCUUUCUCUCUCUGUUCACGCUCUCUCUUUCUCUCUCUGUUCACGCUCUCUCUUUCUCUCUCUGUUCACGCUCUCUCUCUUUCUCUCUCUGUUCACGCUCUCUCUCUUUCUCUCUCUGUUCACGCUCUCUCUCUUUCUCUCUCUGUUCACGCUCUCUCUCUUUCUCUCUCUGUUCACAAUCUCUUUUUCUCUGUACACGCUCUCUCUCUCUCUCCACCCGAUCUCUUCCCCUUUCCCUCCUCUCUUCUCUUUCAUCUCCUCUCUGUCUUUUCCCUUGUUGUCCUAUCUCUCUUGGUGUGUAGAUAGGACUUGGUCCAUUGUUUUGUAUUAUUUAGCCCCUCUGUCUUUGUAGUGGGUGUGUCCAACAUGGCCACAGUGUCUGUGGCCCAAAAUUCAUUUUUAAUCAAAUAAAAACAGUAUAUGAUUAGGGAGAAAGAAAUAUAAAACUGAAACAUUUUUUAGAGCUUAUGUAUUGUUUUAUUUCUUUUAUAAUUUCCAGAAGGAAUGAUAGACACAUGCAGGAUGUAAGUUAACCAUGUUAACGAAUGGAAAAGCAAGUCAGUGAGUUUUGAAGUUCUUUAAAAUAUUGUCAUGGUUUCUGUGUUCUGUCCUCUGUAAUGGCCAUUCCUUCUCAAUCCUCUGCUCACCUAUCAGUGAUCACACCUUUAGUUCUUAUCAGAAUGUUGCUUUAUUUGACUAAAUAAACGUUUGUGUAUAAAAUAAAUGUC